AUGGCCGACACGCCAUACAACUUUGAGUUGCAGGAUGAUCAACUCGCUGCUCGAGUACGCAUGUGAGUCCUCGACCGCUUUGCUAGGAAGCGCCGGGGGGAUCAGGGGCGCCGAGGGAGGUGUCACAGGACGCGUCGUGGCCCCGCUCCGGCUGUGCGCUUCGCCCGAUUCCGAUGCACAACUGCUGACAUAUGCGUUGGUCGAUAUGUACAGCUUCAUCGACUUCCUAGAUCUCGAUCGAAACGAUCCUCUGGCACGGGUAGGGCAUACAUAUCACAUGCUGUUUGAGGCUGCUCCUCUGCGGCCUCAGUCGGUUCGCGACGCGUUCAAAGCACGGUAGCUCACCCACUCUACUCGCUCAUCAUGCAGAAAAUGACGAUCGACUACCGACAAGCGAUCAUCAAGAUGACGCAAAAGAAGGAGAGAAGGCUGAUUGUUAACUUGGACGAUUUGCGGGACUACGAUCGGGAUUUCUGCAACGGGUGGGUCUUUCUGGCUAGAGCUGCCCUCGGUGGAAUUGGGCUGACACUCGAACCGUCGCUCCCAACAGCCUGCUUAACGAACCGGCAGCUUGGCAACCAGCGGCUGACCAAGCACUGAAGGACUGCGCGAUCAACGCCGGCAGCGCAUCACUGAGAAGCGAGACCUUCUACGUCGGCUUCAGCGGCUCUUUCGGUGACAACCAUGCGACGCCUAGGACGCUCCGCGCCGACAAGCUCGGGCGGAUGGUCUGCCUCGAAGGCAUCGUCACUCGAUGUGAGUUGGUCAAUACUAGACCAGAACCGUCGUGACUCUAAAGACUGACUCGGCGUGCACGCAACCUUCUCCGAAUUCCAAUAGGCAACCUCGUUAGGCCCAAGAUGCAACAGUCGGUGCACUUUUGCCCAGAGACUAAGGUGUUCCACUCCCGAGUCUACGUCGAUCGACUUUCAGCAGCGGCUGCCGUCGGGGCCCCCAUUUCAGCCACGACGUACCCGUCUUCGGACAGCGCAGGCAACGCGCUCGAGAUCGAGCACGGCUUGUCGUCCUUCAUGGACCAGCAGAUGAUCAUGGUCCAAGAGAUGCCAGAACGGGCACCCGCCGGUCAAUUGCCCCGAAGUGUCGAGAUCGUGCUCGAGGACGACCUCGUCGAUCGAUGCAAGCCCGGAGAUCGACUUCAGAUUGUCGGCACCUACCGCAGUCUGGGAGGUGGAGCUCAAGGUAGUGCGACGUUCAAGACGCUCAUCAUCGCGAACCAUCUCGUAUUGCUCUCGGCCAAGGCUGGCGCCGGCGCGGGUAUCGCGCAAACGAUCAUCACCGACACGGACGUGCGCAACAUCAACAAAAUCAGUCAAAAGAAGAACGUCUUUGACCUCCUGUCGCAGUCGUUGGCCCCCUCGAUCUAUGGCUCAGACUACAUCAAGAAGGCGAUCCUCCUCUUGUUGCUCGGUGGGAUGGAGAAGAACUUGGUCAACGGGACCCACAUCCGUGGUGACAUCAACAUCCUGAUGGUCGGUGAUCCUUCGACGGCCAAGUCGCAGAUGCUUCGCUUCGUGCUCAAUACCGCUCCUCUCGCGAUCGCAACAACGGGUCGUGGUUCGUCCGGUGUCGGUUUGACCGCGGCCGUGACGACCGACAAGGAAACAGGUGAACGCCGCCUCGAGGCCGGUGCGAUGGUUUUGGCCGAUCGCGGUGUGGUCUGCAUCGACGAGUUCGACAAAAUGUCCGAAGUCGAUCGAGUCGCCAUCCACGAAGUCAUGGAACAGCAAACCGUCACGAUCGCUAAAGCAGGUAUUCACACCUCGCUUAACGCGCGUUGCUCCGUCGUCGCUGCGGCGAACCCCAUCUACGGCCAAUAUGACGUGCACAAGGACCCCCACAGGAACAUCGCGUUACCCGAUUCGUUGCUCUCGCGUUUCGAUUUGCUCUUCGUCGUUACCGACGACGUCGACGAACAACGCGAUCGAUUGAUCUCGGAGCACGUCUUGCGCAUGCACCAGUACAUACAACCCGGUUUGGAGGAAGGUGCGCCCGCACUCGACUCGCUCGAACAAAACCUCAGCGUCGGGGCCGGUGCAUCGACCAACACUGAGCACGUUCAGGACACGCCCGUCUUCGAGAAGUUCAAUCGCUUGUUGCACGGCGGUGUGACGACGACGACGGGCAAGGGGUCCAAAAAGCGCAAGGAGGUGCUGACAAUGGCAUUCGUCAAGAAGUACAUCCAGCACGCCAAGAACAACAUCCGACCGACGUUGACCAAGGGAGCGCAAGACUGGAUCGUGCGCGUCUACACCGACUUGAGGAACGAUGAUCUCGCGUCGAACCAGAAGCGGACUUCGCCCUUGACCGCGCGUACGCUAGAGACACUCAUUCGUCUCUCGACCGCCCAUGCCAAGGCGAGGUUGUCGGCCACGGUCGACCAGACCGAUGCGAUUGCCGCUGAGGAGAUCCUGCGCUUCGCCCUGUUCAAGGAAGUCGUCAAGCCGCAGUCCAAGUCGAAGCGACGAAAGUUGGUCAACCGUGGUUCAGGCGACGAGGACUCAUCUUCCGGAGAGGAGGAGGACGAAGAGGAGGAAGAAGAGGGUGAGGGUGCUGAUCAGCAGAGGAUGGAAAUGCCUCGACGAGGGACACCGGCGAGGCGACAACCUGGGAGAAAAGCGUCGACCGCACCGGCGACUUCACCGAGAGCGACAUCGGUCUCGGCCCCCGAUUACGACGACACCCAAAUGGACGACGAUGACGAAGACACCCAAACGCAAUCGUUGUCCCAAACUGGUCCAUCUGCCGAAGCCGCGCCCCCGGUUGUCGAAGACGAUGGUCGAGACGCCGCGCGAGCCAAGUUGUUCCGAACUCGAUUCGCCGCCACGCGUAAGCAACACUACAAUGGCGUCGACGAGGUCGUACUUGCGACCUUCUUGCAAACGCUCAACCAGGGUCUUACGACCGACGAGGUCUUCUCGUCCGGCGAGGCCCACACGAUCAUGGCCGAGAUGGCGAACGCUGCCAACGCGCCCCUCAUGGUCGAUGGUGGUGUCAUCUUCUUCAUUUGA